AUGUACCCAAUGCAGUUUGAAGCGCGCCAGCACGGCCGGCAGCCCGCGCCGCCGAGCCCGCGGCCGCACAGCCCCCUCCACCCCGCCCCCACCGGCGUACGCGCAUACUCCUGCCAGCACUGGGAGUCCCGCCUCGCCGCGCCGCCGUCCCGCGUCUCCGCACCCCUCUCCGACCCGCCGUCGCCAUGCGAACUCAUCGAGUGCGCAGCAGGGCGCGCGGCGUGGGCGGAGGCGGCGGCGCUCUCGGUGGGAGGGGGGUGCGCGGGCGCGGGCGGCGCGGCGCGGCGCUGUUCAGUGCUCGGCGACCACCCAGGCGCGAGGAAAGGCCAGACCGGGAAAUGGCACAGGAACAACCGGGUGCGAGACGCUUCGUACGGUUCGUCGUCCGAAUCCGACGGCGAGGCGGACGGAGUGGCCGGCGACACGUGGGGUGUCGCGCGUCUGUUAUACGCGGGGCUCGGCACUCUCGCGCUUGGCCUGGUCGUGUACUUCGUCGGCACCGGCGACAAGGGUUUCAAAACACCUGCCCUGCGUCUGGUGGGCCCGUCGCUCAUCGUCGCAGGGCUCGCCUGCUGUCUGCUACGUAUUCUCUUCUGCAUAUUUGCGAAGCCUUGCUGUCGACGGCGAACCAUCUACAAGGAGAACAGAAGACUGUCUGGAUGCGGGGAGGGCGAGGAGAUGCCGCUGGCUGGGAGUGCGGGGGGCGGCGGGGGCGGGAGCGGCGGCGCGCGCGCCGGGCCGGCGCAGUGCUCGCCCGCGCGCCGCCUCGACGCCUCCUCCUGCGACGUGUCCUCGCUGUCCAGCGGCGAGGAGGACGAGCGCCUGCGCCGGUACCGCACCGCCUCGCUGCACCCGCCGCCUUUACAUCAGGUCACGGCGCACCAAGGCACAAGCUCGCCAAAUGGGUUGCAUCAGAGCGGCUCCAACCAGAGUGCGUUGCAGCGGAGCGGCUCGCAACACAGCCCGGUGGCGGCGCUGGGCGUGGCGGCGCAGAGCGUGCCGACGUCACCGGGGCCCAGCACGCAGGGCCCCGCGGCCGCCGGCAGCCCGAGCCCCGGGGCUCAGGCCGCCUCGCUGCCGCCAAGCGCGAUGGCGAGUGCUCCGGCCCGCAGGCCGCCCCCGCGCAACGUGUCCUUCGCCGGCGGACCCGACGGCGAACUUGUGCUUAGCCCCGCACAACUGCGCUCCUAACCCACAAGCAAUAAAGGUUUUCGCAAUACCCCCUUUUAUACCAAAAUACUCUUUGGACGAUGUGACUAUAUCGACGCGAACCGCUAUGGAUAUCGGUUAUGUGAUAGCGUGAGACUCUUGACAGUUUUAAAGUUUUUAAGUGAAUUUUCUAUUCGAUAAGCUACGAGGUCGUUGAUUUAUUUGCACGUUUGGAUAUAUUCUCGCAAACUCCUAUCGAUACUCGUAACUAAUUUUAAGUAUAAUUUGCUAGUACUAACUUUAAUGUUUUGGGAAUGCCUACAUUCAUGUACCUGACGUGCAACAAAUUAAGUUUUGAAACAAGGGGCCUGCUGUGUUGCUUGCAAUAUUAACUUUAUCUGGUAGAUAUUUUGAUGUAUCUCGUAUUGAACUGAUAUUUGGCUGGUAACUAUUAAUUACUAGAUACUGAUAAAAUUCUCACCUAUUUACACAACAAAUCAUCUAGGUAGUAAUUCUGGUUCCUGGUUGUUAGACUUGUGUUUGUUACACGUCAUGAUCUCUGUUCAGUUUCUGUGGCAGAAUGCUUCGACUGCAUGUUCAUUGAGCAACGAGGGAAUGAGGUUCUGCCAGACCAACCUUACUCGUAGGUAACGUUCGUGGUUAUUCCACUAGACUUAACAUUCGACUGUCUGGCAGUUCCUUGACUAUUUUUACCGUAGUACUCGUAUCAUGUAACUGUAAGCGUUAAUUCUAACUGUGUAGAAAAUUACUGAAUGUGCUAGAUCCAUCCAUCUCAGCCGGCUAGUAGACGCCAAGCUGCACAGCGAGGUGUGGUGUUGACGACCAAACUUAUAUAAUUAAAUUGUAAAAAUAAAUUAAAGUCAUUUUAAAUAUAUGUCGUCUAGUAAAGUCCUAUCUUCCGUUUCUAUAAAAUGUGUAAAAUAAAUUAGUAAUCUAUUCUAUUUCAUUUUUAUUUAAAGCUCUACUUUUAAAGUUAUGUUUUAUUAAUAUGUAUUUAAAAGAAUGUUUAAAACAUUAGAAACAUUAAUAUCUGUAAGUAUGUUCCUAGAAUGUGCGUACGUUCCAGCACUGACGAGUUAUGUAGAUAAACAGCUGAUGCAGUUGGCUGAGUCCAUUGAAGAAUGAGAACAAUACGUGACAGUCCAUCCAGAGGUAUGUAAGAUGUUCAUAGUAGACUGUAGCAUAAUUUAUUAGUACUGAUACAACACCACACCUCGUAGCAGAUGGGAACUAAAUAGUGAAUAUAAUUAUAAACAUAAUUGUUUUAAAACUGCCUACUACUAGACGCGAAUUUAUACUUAAAUAUAAAAUUCAUAAAAAUAGAUUUAUAACUGACAAUAAUGAUUGUUAACUGAUGUAUAAAAUGUUAUGGCGUAUGUGCGUUGAUUUUAUUUUGAUUAUGUCCAACAAAUCGUGAGUAGUUCAAGCGCCGAGUGAUCACCGUGUAACGCGCUGCUGAAGCACGGCUCCUGUCGCCGUCGCCGACGGCACAACGGUAAUACAAGCAAGUAACUUAACGUAACUUUGCAGCUUAAUUAAGCGUUUCAUUUUAUAUAAGAACUUGGCGUGUGAACUACAUAUAGACACCAAAGGAUAUAAUAUAAUAGUUAGCUAAUUACAUAAAGGUUGGUGUAUAGCAAGUGAUACUGUCUAACAGUAAUGUUUUUAUGUGUAAGUACGUACGGUAAAUUAAACAAUACAUACAUGUGUGUUACGCGUGCAUUGUAUAUGGCACAAUAUAGUGAAUACUGUUUAUAAAUAUAUAAUAUAUUUUAGAAAUAUUUGCACCUUUAGUAGUGAAAUAUUAAAAUGUAUAUCUGCAGAUUUUAGCUAGAAUAUUGUGGACACUGAAUGAGGUGUUAUAAAAACAUAUUUUGAAAAUUAUGUUUCAGUAGACGAAACAGAAAAUUAUUGUAAAAGUUUUUGAUUAGUUUUUGUCAAUUAUAUAUUUGUAAUCAAAUUAAAGUGUAGUUACUUUGAAUUGUUUAAAUCUAAGGAGGGUCAAUUACUUACUGAUUAUUUUUGAGAUAAGAUUCGCUUUGUUUUACUUGCUGUCUGUACCGAGCACUACAUGUACGACUAACGCUUAGAAUACUCUAUUUAAUUAUACAAUCAUCGGAACCGUUGGUACGCUUUCUCGAUCACCAAAUUCCGGAUCUUCAAUAUAAAUUAUAGUACUUUUUGUAUCUACUUAUUACAUUUUUCUUGUUGAGUUAUUUAUUAGGGAACUCUCAAAACAAUUCAAGUUAGUCCGAUUCUCUAUGAUCGGCAAUCAAAAUAUGAGCACGCCACUACGGACGAACAUUGAAGAAUUCACGUUGCCUGAACUAAAUUUCGUAUAAAAUAUUUUGAAAAUCACGAUCAGAUAACAUAAUAGACGUACAUAAUAGAUGUUAAGAAAAAUAUGAGCUUCGUUUAGACUAACUGGCUUGUGUAACAAAGUGUUGUGUACAUUAACGAAAUAGAUAUCCAUUGUAAACAUUGUCACUCCUUGCAUCUCUUCAUACUUGUAGUCACUUAGUUUUCGUCGUGUGUUAUAUUCAGUUUGAACAUCACCUGGUAUACUAACAUUGUUUUCGCUUCACUUUUGAUUAAUACGAUCUAAGCGCACAUAAAUCUGGUGACAGGGUUCAUUUAUUUUUGUCUACCAGCAGACGAGUUUUCAUUUACCAGUUAGAAAUUACAUCACUUCUAUUUUACGAAGGGAAAUUCGUCUGCUUAUUUACGUAUAUAAAAAUAUAUAGAUCGUUUUAUAGAGAAACUGUAUUGACAUAAAAAACUUUUCACUUCACAGUUCGUACUGAAAGACACCAAUGUUUAAAAUUAAGAAAUUAAUUUUCAAUUUCUAAUGAAAUUGUGUAAAUAAGCAAUGAAGUCGAAUCUUAGUGUGUUUACGGUAUCGUAAGCGUGAAUCUAUACACCAAUAGAGAUUUUGUUCCUUUAGAUUUAAACUAUGAAGUAAUAAUUUGCGCCAAUUGCUGAACUUGAAAAUUUGUAUUGAACUUUGUGAAAUAACUGACAUACUCAGAUAUUAGAAAAUUCCAAGUUAGGAAGAGCUAGUGUUUCACACGGUUGAUAUAUUUUAAUAUUUUAGUAUAUACGUGCUUCCAAUAAAGCUUGCAGUGACGACGCUUUUUCGUAAUUCCUAAUAAACGCAGCAGCAUAGUGUGGAACCUAGAUUUAUUUAUUGAGCUAAGCAAAUAAGUUCCAGGGCCUAAUAGCGACUGCGUUUUGACGGCAAUCCACUUUUCAUUGAGUGUAAUUAAGCGCCGUGUUCAAAGUGUCGUAAUUUAUCGUAUAAGAAUUAGUUUCAAUAUUCCUCGCAUCACUAACGGAAUGUUAUCAAAACGCAGCAUGGUGGAUCCCCCUGAUCUUCAUCCUUAGAUAGAUUUUUUGUAAAUAUACAGCUUUAUAAAAAAGAAAUAGGCGAACAUAAAGUUAUAUGAGCCCUUUCCUGCUUUUGCGUUUGAUUCGAUUCAGCUCACGGCUUUUUACAAAUCCCUGUAGAUACAUUUUUUAUUAAAAAAUAAGGAAUCGACUGUCUUCUUUGUAUUAUUAUUUGACUGAAUAAUCGUUACUUGAAUAUCGGUAAUAAUAGAUAUUUAAAUUAAACAUUAUUUUAGUAUUUCCGUUAAAUAACGCCUCAUGUUUGUAACUCUUUACGUGGACGAUAUUGUAAUAUUAGCGAGAAUUAUCCCUGCCAUUAUUUUGUGAAUAAUAAUGCUAAUGAAAUAAAUUAAGUACUAUAAAUGUUUAAAACAAUGUACAUUCAAUUUCCCUGUGUGUCAUUUUCUUAGUUUCUGUGUUAUUUGCUCUCGCUUGCAAAUUGCUAAUAGUGAUUUAGUUGCUACGACCAAAAUGCUAAAUAAGUAAUAUUAUGCUGUGUUAUUAAAGUUAACUAUUUUUUAUUAUAAGAAAACGUUCCGUUAUAUUGUUCAAAGAUCUUUUAAAUUUUAAGAGUAGUUUUGUAUGAAUCCUCAGUCUGUUUUCUGCUCUUUCUUAAUUUGGAAAAAUAAGAAACUGAAAUAAAAAUUCGAAGGAUCUCAGAUGCUUAAACUCUUUUGAUACAGAUUAGCUUGAUACUGAACGCGAAAAGUCAUAAGUACCUUCUCUAUCACCUUGGCCUUGGCGAGACUAUUUUCAGACUUCGAAAGUUUUCAAUUUCCUAGAUCUGUGUGCGGAUUCUACACCUUGCUACAUUAUAGGAAUGUAAUUGCGGUGCAAAACAUAAUGGAUAGAUCUGUGAUUUAAAUGUUAUUGUUAAAAGAAGGAUGUGAAGUGUUGGGCAAGAUGAAUGUUAAUGUUUAGUUCCAGAGGAUAAUGAAAUAAAUUAAUAACAUAGCUCAAGGGUUACCUAAAUAUGAAUUUUUAUUAUAGAAUUUUAUAAUGAUAAAGAGCAAUGGUAUGUAAUAUUGUUUUGUUACGUUAAUGUAAAUAUGUUUAUGUCAUAACCGGUAUUGUUCAUCAUCGUUUAUAUUAUUUAUAGGCAUUGGUGCAUAUCAUGUGUAUAGAGCAGAUGAUUAAUCAAAUAAAUUAGAUCAAAAAUAUAGUUGA